AUGAAAAUGAAUAAAAAUAAUAUAUUAAUUUGGUUAAAAGAAUUUAAAUGCAAUUGGUUACCUCAAAAUGUUUCAAAUGAUAAUUGUUUAUUUCAAUUGUUAACAAAUAAAAUUGAUGAGCUUGAACAAUUAUUAAUUCAUGAAAAGGAUACAUCAAUUGCAGAGAGACAUGAACGUGCGAAUACAACAACUAGUGAUAUCAAUCAAAGUUUUAUUUCGACAGAGGAAUCACACGAACCGUUCGUAUUCAUGACACCACCGAAUAAACGUAUUCAAAUCGAUGAUGAUGAUGAAAAGAAAGAAAAUCCUUCUCGGCCAAAGAUCCGUAUAAAACGAAUUACUUUAGCUGAAGCUGAACUUUAUUUACCAACUGCAUGGAUACUUGGUAAGGGAAAAUCAAAACGUGGUCGAAAAAAAGAUAAAAAGACAAUUUCAACAAUCGUCUUAAAUGGAAACAAAGCUAAGAGAAAUACCCAAACAAAUAAAUCAAUUUUAUCAUCAAUACCAGAUACGGAUAUGUCUGCAAACCCACCAACAGUUAAACGGCGAAUUGGUCGACCAAGAAAAACUCUUCAAUGUCCAUCAUUAUCAUCUUUGACAAGCACUCAAUCUCUCAAUAAUGAUAAAAAGAAAAGCAAACGGAAAUUGCGUGCAAUUGAUGCUGAAGAUGACGAUUUAAUUACUGUGGGAAAUUUAUUUCGAGCAAACAGUCUUAAUGGUGAAAUUGGUUGCGAACCAAUAUCUCGCUUUAUGGGACAAAAUGGUUUACUAUCUCAAACACGUAAAACUAGUGAAACAAUGAUGAAUAACGAAGAUGAUUCUACAUUCAAAUUGCAAAUGCCACAAACAAGUAACGAUGAUAUUGUAAUACCAUUAAAUCCAAUCAAAAACAUUAAAAAUACAACAGAAUCAUUCUCAUUUAUGGAAAUAUUAAACCAUAUCGAAGAUCAGACUUCUAUCAAUCACGAACCAGUCUUAAAUCAUGUUAUUGAAAAUAAUGAUAAUGAAUCAUUAUUUGCUACACUUAAUUUAACACGUGAUAGCACGUUCGAUUCAAAUUCUACUAUUGAUAAAGCUCAAAAUAUAAAUUAUAGCGAUUGUAUUGAAGAUAUAUCCAAUGAUGGAAUCGAUCCACCACCACCGCCACCACCACCAACAACAACAUUAUCGCCAACUAAUCUAUCUCAUUUGUCUGUAACAACAUGA